UCUUCCCCGCCCUGCAAAAACGUCAAGCGCUAGCUGUUGUUGUGGAUAUUUUCUUCUGUGUUGUGCUGGUGGAGAAAGAGCUGUGUUGUAAAUCCAUCCGGUGAAUUAAAAUGCCCUUGUUUGAGGUUUUGGGGAGCGGAGGAGAGAAAACAGCUGUUGUCAUUGAUUUAGGAGCUGCAUAUACAAAAUGCGGCUUUGCUGGCGAGACCGGGCCUAGGUUCAUCAUUCCUAGUGAGAUCCAGCGUCCUGGACUCCAGCAGCCCAUUAAGGUGGUGCAGUACAACAUAAACACAGAGGAGCUGUACACCAAUCUGAAGGAGUUCAUUCACACAUUGUACUUUAGGCAUUUGCUUGUGAAUCCACGUGACAGAAGAGUGGUUGUUAUUGAGUCCAUCCUCUGUCCUUCGCACUUCAGAGAAACACUGUCACGGGUCUUCUUUAAACACUUUGAGGUUCCAUCAGUCCUGUUUGCUCCCAGUCAUCUAAUGUCCAUCAUGACUUUAGGCAUCAACUCGGCUCUUGUGAUGGACUGUGGAUAUACAGAAACUUUGGUGUUGCCUGUUUAUGAAGGAAUUCCUAUUCUGUCUGCAUGGGAAGCUUUGCCAAUGGGUGGAAAAACCAUUCACAAGGAGUUGGACAGUCUGCUGACAGAGCAGUGCACUGUGGACACGGACUCAAGCACCGGACAGAGUUUACCAACUGUCAUGGGCACCAUUCCAGAAGAAGUUGUAGAGGAUAUCAAAGUUAGGACAUGCUUUGUCAGUGACUUGCAGAGAGGCCUGAAAAUCCAGGAGGCCAAGUUCAACAUGGAUGGAACUGCAGAGAGACCCGCUCCUCCACCAGAUGUUGAUUAUCCCUUGGACGGAAGGAAGAUCCUUCACAUUAAGGGGUCGAUCAGAGACUCGGUUGCUGAGAUGUUGUUUGAACAGGACAAUGAAGAAAAGUCUAUUGCUUCACUAGUGCUUGACACUCUUGUUAAGUGCCCCAUCGACACACGUAAGGUUCUGUCUGAGAACUUGAUGGUAAUUGGUGGAACAGCCAUGCUGCCUGGCUUCCUUCACCGCCUCUUGGCUGAAAUCCGAUUACUGGCAGAAAAACCCAAAUACCGUGACGCUCUUGCCACCAAGAGCUUUCGCAUCCACAGUCCACCAGCCAAGCCCAACUGCACUGCCUGGCUAGGAGGGGCUAUAUUUGGAGCAUUGCAGGACAUCCUGGGUAGUCGCUCUGUGUCCAGAGACUACUACAAUCAGACAGGCCGCAUUCCUGACUGGUGCAGUCUCAGUAGUCCUCCACUGGAGUCACUGUAUGAUGUUGGAAAGACAGGUCCACCACUCAUGAAGAGGGCUUUCUCCACAGAGAAAUAAUCCACUAGUGACGCAUCUCUUUCUCUGAGGCAUAAAGACUUGCAUCAUCAAAGCCUCUUACUUACACUCUAUCAAAAGCGGUUAUGUAUCCUGUUUGCCUGUGAUUUUGUGUGUAGCUGUUCACAAAAAGAAGAAAAGUGGAGGAACCACUAGGUGGCAGUUUAUCACAAAAACUCACUAAGGGCAGACUGAUUAGAACAGCAUUUUAACUACAUGUCUUUUGUAAGCUUGAGAAGUUUAACUAACUAUUACAAGAGCAAGUCCAGCAGAUAAAUACCUGAACAUAACUAAACACUCUUUGAGCUUUUUUGAGCUUUAUAAAGUACCACUGUUUUGGCAGAAAUUCCACUGCUACUGAGUGGGGAAAAUAGCAGCAUUAUUAAGAAUAUAUGGGCUAUUUUCAUUUUUCCCCCUUCCAUUCCGUACAUUUAUAUCUGUGUUGUAUUUUCAGUGCUUUUAAAAAUCUUGCACUGCCAUAAGUUAAAAGAAGCCUACAUGUAUUUAAUUUAUUUACACAUUAGAUACUGAAAAUGCUGUUAAAAAUACAUGGUGUCUUAUGUGUACUAAAUAAAUGUUCCAACAUAAAAAUUU